AUGCGAAAGUUAACAGAUUCACCCGAGGUGACAUCCUCAUGCCUUACAGCUAUAGCUUCAAUAUUCAAAUCCAAACCGCUCCCAGAAGACAGUGAAAUUGAUCCGAUAGACAUCUUCACCCAGUUCAACUCAGCCAAGAGGUUAAAUAGUCUACGUGCCCUAAUGAGGGAAAACAACAUAUCCGCAUACAUCAUCCCCUCUGAAGACGAGCAUCAGAGCGAGUACACUGCCCUCAAAGAUCAACGGAGGGAAUACAUUUCUGGAUUCAGCGGCUCCAGUGGAAUAGCGGUAGUUACUUUGCACUCUGCGGCAUUAUCAACUGAUUCGAGGUAUUUCCUCCAGGCCGAAAAACAACUUGAUGAAAACUGGAUCUUACUUAAACAGGGUGUUUGUGGAUAUCCGAGCUGGAUCGAUUGGCUGGUUGAUGAAUGCGUCUAUGGGAUGGAUCAGUUAGAUGAAGUAGGUUCAGUAGGGGUUGAUCCUAGGUUGAUUACGUGGAAGCUAGGAAACGAACUUGUUAGCAAAUGCCAUGAUAACAACAUCACCUUUGUUAAUGAUCUGGAUCACAAUUUGAUUGAUUUAAUUAGAGGCAAACAAGAGGCAAAUAAGGGUAAGUUGUAUAAAUACGAGCUGAAAUAUGCUGGGCUACAUACAACAAAGAAAAUAGAAAAACUGAGGUCUCAAAUGGCUGAACAUGGUUAUUUCGUUUACGUCUCCUCAAUGUUAGACUCUAUUGCAUGGUUACUCAACUUAAGAGGAAAUGAUAUUAGCUUCAAUCCAGUAUUCUUUGCUUAUCUAGUCAUUACAAUGGAUAAUGUGGUCUUGUACGUAGACAAGGUAAAGAUGAAUUCCGAAAUUUCCGCAUAUUUAAGCGAACUGCAAAUACGCACCAAACCAUAUACUUCGAUAUGGGAUGAAUUACCGGCCUUAAAAGGUGACGGAUGUAUAUGCCUAGAGAAAAAUGCAAGUUAUUCAAUUUUCAUCAAUGUCCCACAAGUCUAUGAGAUUGUAUUCAGAUCCAUAAUAACUGAACUCAAGGGAGUAAAAAAUGAAAUUGAGGUUGCCAAUAUACAAGAGUCGCAGAAAAUAGAUAGUUUGGCAAUAGUACGGUUUUUGUCUUGGUUCAAUUUAAACAAAUGUAACACCUCUCUAAAUGAGCUGGACUUGGUUGAUAAAUUGUACGAAUUCCGAAGGAAAUCAGAACAUUUUAGAGGCUUAAGUUUUGCCACCAUUAUAGCAAGCGGAGCAAAUGCAUCUAUAGUACAUUAUGAACCAACCGAAGAUAGCUUUUCCUUAGUCAAGCAUAACGACGUCCUUUUGAUAGAUUCAGGCGGUCAAUAUUUUCAAGGUACAACCGAUAUCACUAGGACUAUCUAUGUAAAUAAUGGGAAACCUCCAUCAAAAGAACUAAAACGUGCUUACACAUUGGUGUUGAAAGGUCAUUUGAAUGUGGCGAUGCUAAAAUUUCACAAGGGAAAAUCAUCUUAUGAGAUUGAUAGGCUGGCAAGGGAACCAUUAUUAAAGUACGGUAUGAACUAUGGACAUGGUACAGGACACGGUAUUGAUAAUUUUAUUUGUGUGCAUGCCGGACCUUGUGGGUUAUCACCCUCAGCUACUUCUUAUAAUUAUAAACCACUCGAAAAGGGAAAUUUUAUAAGUGACGAACCAGGUUACUAUAAAGAUGGUCAUUUUGGAAUAAGAAUAGAGAGCGAUAUAUUGGUCAAUGAAGAGCAAGAUAUGCUAAAGUUCGAGUACUUCACGCUCGUACCAUUCUGUAGGGAACUGAUUGAGACAAAGUAUCUUUCAAACGCACAAGUUGAUUGGAUAAAUGCCUACCACAAGAGAAUUUACACUGAACUGUCUACGCAGCUCGAAAAUGUCAAGGAUUUUGGUGCUCUUGAUUGGCUUGCGGAUGAAACAAAAGCACUUUAA